AAGGACCGCCAUGUCACUCUCACCUUCUGCAUACCUCCUCAUCCCUCACUUCUUUCAUCCUUUUCUCUUUCAUUGUUGAUUUUGCAAGUUCCUCAGUAUGAAACAGGACCAGAUGGGGGUUCUGAGUGUGGUUCUUAGUGAAUUAUAUAGCUUACUGUACCACCUCCAAAUCCUCUCACACGCAAACACCUACACACACUCCUGUCCACACACUUACAUUCUGCUGCAGAAAAGAUGAUCCCACCUUAGAGCCCUCUCUCUCUCUUUCUCUCUCUCUCUCUUUCUCUCUCAGCCGGCGGGUGCACGCACGCGCACACUGGCGAGCUGUUGCCGAGCUGCAGCUCUCGAAGGAAGAGCAGAGGCACGUGCACGAGCAUUAUUUAGCCUGUCGUGUCAGUCAGGACUUCAGGACUAAUAAACAACAAAUUUCUGCACACGACUCGCCUGAGGAGUGAAACUGGAGGGACUGAGCGAUAGACAUGAGUGGUGGAGUCUACGGUGGAGAUGAGGUGGGGGCAUUGGUGUUUGAUAUCGGCUCCUUCUCCACUAGAGCAGGUUAUGCUGGUGAAGACUGCCCUAAGGCAGACUUCCCCACCUCUUUAGGAGUGCAUGUAGAGGAGGAGGGGCCUGCAGAGAUGGGGGCGGAGCAAGAUAACAACAGCGGGCGGACUUUCUACAUGGACACCACAGCCCUUCAUGUACCCCGACCUGGAGUGGAGCUGAUAUCACCACUGAAGAACGGCAUGAUCGAGGACUGGGAAAGCUUUCAGGCCAUAAUGGAUCAUAUUUACAGCAAGCACAUCAAAUCAGAACCCAGCCUGCAUCCAGUGCUCAUGUCUGAGGCUCCGUGGAACUCUCGAGCUAAGAGAGAGAAGCUGACUGAGCUGAUGUUUGAGCACUACAACAUUCCUGCCUUCUUCCUCUGCAAAACUGCAGUGCUUACAGCCUUUGCAAAUGGACGAGCAACUGGGCUGGUGUUGGACAGUGGGGCUACGCACACUACUGCCAUCCCAGUGCAUGAUGGGUACGUCCUUCAGCAAGGUAUAGUGAAAUCUCCGCUGGCUGGAGACUUCAUUACCAUGCAGUGCAGAGAGAUGUUCCAGGAGAUGAACAUUGACAUCAUUCCUCAGUACAUGAUCGCCUCCAAGGAACCUGUGAGAGAGGGAGCUCCUCCUGAUUGGACAAAGAAAGACAAACUUCCUCCAGUCACCAAAUCCUGGCACACAUACAUGUGCAACGAGGUGAUUCAGGAUUUUCAGGCUUCAGCGCUCCAAGUGUCAGACUCACCCUAUGAUGAGCAGGUAGCAGCCCAGAUGCCCACUUUGCACUAUGAGAUGCCCAGUGGGUUUAAUGCUGAUUACGGAGCAGAGAGACUGCGCAUUCCUGAGGGUCUGUUUGACCCAUCCAAUGUGAAGGGCCUGUCCGGGAACACCAUGUUGGGCAUGGGCCACGUGGUGACCACCAGCAUCGGCAUGUGUGACAUCGACAUCAGACCCGGUUUGUAUGGUAGUGUAAUUGUAACAGGUGGGAACACACUGCUCCAGGGAUUCACGGAAAGACUCAACAGAGAACUCUCUCAGAAAGCUCCUCCGAGUAUGAGGCUGAAGCUGAUUGCCAGUAACAGUUCAAUAGAACGUCGCUUCAGUCCGUGGAUUGGAGGCUCCAUCCUGGCAUCUCUGGGAACAUUUCAGCAGAUGUGGAUCUCAAAGCAGGAGUAUGACGAAGGAGGAAAACAGAGCGUGGAGAGGAAAUGUCCAUAAAGUCCAACAAACAAGAUCCCAUUCACCAGCCUGGAUAACCAUCAGUAAUGUUACAAUAAUUCUUCAAAAGACUAAUAAAACCAACACUGAUCCGUCUAA